AUGGAAUUACUUCUGCUGGCACUUCUCCUCCCCCACGUGCCACUUCACGUUCUCAGCGUCAAUCACCCGAAUGAAAAAUAUCCCAACGAAAGCUGGGCCAUUUUAUGGUUGAACACAUUAUGCAGUAUGUGCGCUUACCGUCAACCCGGUGAGCCUCCCCGUACACCGAAACACCUGUCCCUGGAGGCUUAUCCAACGAAUCAAUCACACCGGGUCGAGCAUUUUAUCUCGUUGGUGGCGAGAAAUGCAGGCGCUGGCAGGAGCUGCGCAUUUUCUGUGUCAUUAACAUCGGGUUUUCCCAGUGCAGAUGGAGAUGGGUUGACUGCGGUGAGACUUGUCGUAUUGACUGUUGGUGGACUCAAUGUACUUUUUGAUGAUGAGUUUCACUGGAGCAGAGAACCUGUACUAAUUUUGCUGAUUAUGGAUGGCGAUGGUGAUGAUGAUGAUGAUGAUGAUGAUGAUGAUGAUGACCAUGUCCGGAGGCAGAACGUUAUUGAACUCCUCUCCAACACUCUCCGAGGGAUCUGGAAGACCUUCGGCAUCUCCAAUGUCUUCAUUGCGCUGUCCAACGAUGACCGAAGAGUCUGGACGUACGAUCCGUUCUUCAGGGAUGAGGCAACGAUGUUGCAUGGAAGAGUGCGGGAGAUGGUACUGGGGGAGCAAGACCUCUGUCCGGAUCCUCCUUCGUACUUCAACGGAUAUGGCAUCAAAGUCGCGAUGUUUCACGCACCACCAGCGUGCGUCCUGAGGGGAAAAAGCAGGGGAAUCAAGUCCCUCGAUGACGCUCUCGGGCCGGACGGUCUGAUGCUCCAGAGUUUUAUUAAUCACGUAAACCUGAGUGCGGUGAUUUACGUGCCGAAGAAAAAAUGGGGAACUGAUCUGGGAAAUGGAACGCUAACUGCGACGAUGGGUGACGUAGCGACAAGACGAUACGACAUAAGCUUCAACACGAGGUACGUGAAAAAUUAUGCUCAGAGGGGAACACCGUCAGACGCGGUGGUAUUUACGGAGCCCGUUGACGAGGAUCGUGUGUGCAUAAUCGUCCCAGCCCCCCAGGAGAUGCCCCGUUGGCGGCGGAGUUUCUCCCACUUCGAUCCAACAAUUCUGAUGUGCUUCCUGAUAGGUCUGGUGAUCACCUCCCUCCUCUGGCGUAUUCUGCAGUACCGAAGGGGUCGGCCACCACCGGGCUACCACGUGGUGUUCCUGGACACCAUUCUGCUGUUCGUGGGAUUGCCCGGGAAGCUGAUGAAAAUCCAGACCGAGAGGAUACUCAAUGGAAUCCUCCUUUUCCUGGGGAUGACCACCAUGGGGGCAUUCACCGGGGUUCUCUAUCACUCCUCCACCAAUCGCACGUUCUAUCCGGCUAUUAAUACGUUGGAGCAACUGGAUCACUCGGGUUUACUUGUUGGGGUCAAUAAUCCGGGCUUGCUGGACACCUUUGGCCCACCUGGAGAGGAACCGGGCCCUUUGGAGCGUUCGGUCCUCAAACGACUCAAGAGGAAAUUCAAAGUGGGGACUUCUAACGACUCCCGGUCGUCGAUUCAGAAAACUGCUGAGGAAAAUAUCGCUGCCAUCUCCAGGUCCAACAGCUUCAGCGUCGACAGGCACCGUCAUAUCGGAGAGGAUGGCAGAAGUCUUCUUCAUCUUGUACCCGAUUGUCCCCAGCGGUACUAUCUAGCGUAUCUGAUACCCAGGAAUUCGUUUCUCGAGGGAUCGUUGAAUCGCGUCAUCCAGCGGAUGAAGCAGGGCGGCUUCGUGGAGUUUUGGAAGGCGAUGACCAACCGGCAGCUCUUGAGGCAGGAGUUUGCAGCAGCCAACGAAGAUGAGCAGCUGGCGGAAGCCAAGGCCUUCUCCGUUGCUGAUAUGCAGUCGUGUUUGUUCAUUCUCGGGGUGGGACUCGGGGUGGCGUACGCCGUCCUGGUGGGGGAGAUUAUUCUGCAUCGCCUUAAACAGCGAGCGUAGGGGUGACUGAGAGGGUGACCGAAGGGGAGACGUGAGGACAUUGUGAAGUGAGAGUGGA